CCGUCGCGCCGAUUGGACCGCUCUGCUGAAGGAGCUGACCAAUGGGAGCGUAGUCCUCGCAUCGCGGCUCAUGUCUGGCGCAGGCAUGGCUAAUAAAAUGUUGAAGAGGACUGGAUUGCCUUUGGAUUUAUGCGAGAGGCUUUCUAAACAUCAGAUUGUCAACUGUCGGGAUUUUCUAUCCCUGUCACCUCUGGAGUUGAUGAGGCUCACAGGGCAGAAUAUUCACAAGGUUUAUGCAUUGGCAAAAACUGUCAGCAAGGCUUGUGCCCCAAAAAUGAUCACUGCACUUGAAAUAAAAACUGAAAGGUGUUCUCACCCCACCAAUGCCUUCUUUCCCACUUCUCUCGCUGAACUGGAUGAGGUCCUUCAUGGUGGAUUGGCCUGUGGAACUCUUACUGAGGUGACGGGGCCUUCGGGCUGUGGAAAGACUCAGUUCUGUAUAAUGUUGAGUGUGUUGGCGACCUUACCUAUCAGCAUGGGUGGCUUGGACGGUACAGUGAUUUACAUCGACACCGAGUCUGCUUUUAGUGCUGAAAGGCUGGUAGAAAUAGCAAGAUGCCGCUUCCCUGAUUACUUUUGCACAGAACAGGAGCUGAUCAGAAUGACCAAUAAAAUUUACCUGUACCGUGAACUCACCUGCUUGGAUGUGCUGAAAAGAGUUGAAUCUUUGGAAGAUGACGUUAUCUCGAAAGGGGUGAAGCUGAUUGUCGUGGACUCUGUUGCAUCGGUUGUUCGAAAAGAAUUUGACCCACGACUUGAGGGUAAUCUAGCGAAGCGCAGUAACCUGCUGUCAAGUGAAGCUGCCACACUGAAGUAUUUGGCAGAAGAGUUCUCCAUUCCGGUCAUUCUGACGAACCAAAUUACAAUGAGGAUGGGUCAUAGGCAAGCUGCCAGCUUUAAGCCAAGCUCUGCGGAGAUUGAUUCACUCCAGUCUGAAGGUUGCGGGGUGAGCCCUGACGGGGAGACGGGCUUUGCGACUGCAGCCUUGGGAAACACGUGGAGUCACAGCAUCAACACCAGGCUGAUCAUGCAGUAUCUGGACUACCACAGCAGGCAGGUCAUCGUUGCCAAGUCACCUCUUGCCCCGUUUGCUGCGUUUAUGUUCACCAUUCAGAACUCGGGCCUUAUUCUUCAAGGUGAAGACGACCAAAGCAGCUCACUGAUGGAGGGUACAGAUCCUGGGCUUCUGCCGAUCAGAGUUCGUAGCUCCAUUGGCCACUGCUCUGGUCGGGACCCCUUAUCGCUAACCCAAGGCAAGCUCUGAGUAAAGCACGAUCUGAUCAACGUUUGCCCAAAGUCCUACUGUACUGAUCGCCUGGAUCGGGGAAUAUUGAUCCUAACCUGGUCCAUGUCCCAAAUGGGGUGCAGUUUGAAACGUGAAGACCCGAUGGACAGGAACAGUUAUUCAUCUCAGAAGCCAUGGGAUGACAGCGCAGUAUUUGAAAGAACCAAUUCAGGAGUCAAAUGUUGUGGUGAAAUUCAACGUGACAUGAAUGCAUCAGCGUCAUUGCCCACAAUCAAAUAUAAGGCACGUCCUUCAGCUAACCUUUAUUCAGGACUUAAACUUUUUGUGGUUGGUCUUUCCAUUUAAAUAAAUAUCAGCACAAA